AUGUCUUCUAACCCACCAGCAAAGUGCUGCACCAUUGGUGUCACCCACCAAGGCACUCCAAGGGGCGAGACCAAGAACAUUGGCAACACCAGCACAUACUUCGCCUACCCAGAGUCCAAGGACACCUCCACCGCGAUCCUGAUCCUCACCGACGUAAUCGGCCACAAGUUCGACAAUGCCCAACUCAUCGCCGACCAAUUCGCCGCCAAUGGCUACUACGUCGUCAUGCCCGAUCUCUUCGAGGGCGACCCAAUUCCACUCAACCGUCCCGACGACUUCGACAUCAUGAAGUGGCUACAGACAUCCGGCCCCUCCAAGGGUCACACAACCAGUCAGGUCGACCCAAUCGUCGAGGCAGUAAUCAAGGACAUGAAGCAGAACCAGGGCGUGAAGAAGAUCGGCGCUGUCGGAUACUGCUUCGGCGCCAAGUACGUUGCUCGAUACAUGACCGGCAGCAAGGGCGUCGAUGUCGGAUACAUGGCACACCCAAGCUUCGUGGACGCGGAUGAGAUCAAAGCUUUGACUGGACCGCUGUCGAUUGCGGCUGCUGAGACGGAUCAGAUAUUCCCGGCGGAGAAGCGUCGCGAGACUGAGGAUCUGCUCAAGGACCACAAGAACAAGAUUCCAUACCAGAUCUCGCUGUACAGCCAUGUCGAGCAUGGGUUUGCCGUCCGUGCGGAUAUAGAGAAGCGGCCUGUGAAGUACGCCAAGGAGGCUGCUUUCAUUCAGGCUGUGGCUUGGUUUGAUGAAUUCCUGAAGGUAUGUCAAGAUAUGUUGGAGACUACAGUUGUGAGGAAACAGGACAUGGGCAGCGUAGACAGCCCCUUCUCAAUCGAUGGACAACCACCAGUAGAGCUUGAUGCGUAUGCGUCUAUCUUGGACCAAGAGGAGAUCUUGCUAGAGAGACGAACUCGUCUGGCUGCGCUAGCACGGGAGCACAAUGAUCCAUAG